CCGUGCAUGCGCAGUAGAGUUGUAUCUGUCGUUGCAGUAAGAGCAGUAAGAUGGAUAGUGAGGAGGCUCCUGCUCAACGGCCGGUCACCUUGGAUAUCGCAGUGGAGGAUGUAACUAAGGGAGCUCUGUCCCCAGACCAUCCGGAGGCAACCACCAGUCAGACCCCUUCCAGAGACCUGCCCCAGGAAGACAGCAUCGACCUGGGUGGCGAGUUCGCCACACCCCAGGAGGACAGCAGCGCCACGCCCUCUGAGAGCCUGAUGGACAAGCUCAACGACCAAAUGAUGGAGAGUGUCAUGAUCUCCGACUCGCCUAAUAACAGCGAGGAGGACGACGUGGCUCCCAUCGACUCCAUUCUGGACGGGGUCGAAGAAGAGGAGGAUGCAGGAGAUGCCGUGAGCGACAAGGGAGAACAAAGUGAGAUAGGACUGAAUACGACUGAGAUUAAAGUUUCAACGGAGGAACAGAAGGAAAAAGACCCUGAGCCCAAAGUUGAAGAGGACGGAAAGGAGGGGGCCGACACACUAGAGGAAGUUACAGCAAUUGUUUCGCCUCAGGGUGACACACAGAGCCCAGAUGAUGUUAUAAGUGAGGAAACAGCACCAUCCAAAGAGACAAGCCCAAAAGAGCCCGUGCCGGUGUGUACCAUAUUCAGCCAGGCCAACCAGCCCAAGUCUCUGGUGCCUGACGGCUUCCAGCCCACACUCAUCAAGUCCCCCAGCUUUAGCAUGGGCAGUGGAGGGGGGCACGACGAAGCAGUGACCCCCAGCAAGCUGACUGCUCCGCUAGUGUGCCAGCCCAGCCCCAGCCUCAGCAAGUUCUUCACUGACAACGGACAGACAAAUCCUGCCUCCGACUUCUUUGACUCCUUUACCGUCCCCUCCAAUUUUAUCUCCGUUUCUAACCCCAACGCAGAGAUCCCUCCCGGCGCCAGCCCAGCACCUAUAGCCACCACCCCCGAGCGCCAACUCUCUUCCACCUCCUCCUCCCUCUCCACCCCUGGAGGACCUUUGGACUCUAGUGCUCCUACACCUAGCUCAGUGUUCCCCACUCCCACCGAAUCAACCGCCAAUUCCCAACCUCCUCCACCCCAAAUAACCCCAGCUCCAACUCAACCCCCGGCCCCGGCUCCAGCUCCAGCCCCUCAGCCGCAGCCUUUCAACCAGCUCCAGGCUGUGUUCUCAGGCAGCGACGACCCAUUCGCAACAGCGCUGAGCCUGAGCGAGGUGGACAGGCGCCAUGACGCCUGGCUGCCGUCUGAGGAGACCAGGAAGGUGUUGAUCUCUGUGGCCACCCAGCAGUACAGCACAGCAUACGUAGAGAGCAGCAGGCUCACCAUGCCUGGCCUCAAGUUUGACAACCUGCAGGGCGACGCUGUAAAAGACCUGAUGCUGCGUUUCUUGGGUGAGCAGGCAGCCAUGAAACGUCAGGUCCUCAACGCCAACUCCGUGGAGCAGUCCUUCACGGGCCUCAAACAGCUCAUCAGCACUAAGAACUGGCGGGCUGCAGUGGAUCUGACAGGCCGACUGCUGACAGCUCAUGGUCAGGGAUAUGGAAAAGCUGGCCAGCCAACCUCCCACACCACCGACUCACUGCAGCUCUGGUUUGUGCGGCUGGCCCUCCUCACCAAGCUGAACCUCUUCCAAAAUGCUGAGCUGGAGAUUGAGCCCUUUGGCAACUUGGAUCAACCAGACCUCUACUAUGAGUACUACCCCACUGUUUACCCUGGGAGGAGAGGCUCCAUGGUGCCGUUCUCCAUGCGGCUGCUGCAUGCCGAGCUUCCCCAGUACCUGGCCAAGCCCCAGGAGGCUCUGGACCGCCUGCACAAUCUCAAAACUGUCUGCCUCGCCAUUCUCGAGAACUUGGAGAAAGGCUUGGCUGAGGAUGGCAGCAUGAUCACCCUAACACAGGAGAACAGGCAAGCAUCUCUUAAACUGUGGAGGUCUCGCCUCAGCCGGGUCAUGUACUCUAUGGCCAACUGUCUGCUGCUGAUGAAGGACUAUAUUCUAGCUGUGGAGACGUAUCACUCCAUCAUCCAGUAUGAACCCCAUCAGAGAGUGCAGCUGCUCAGCGGUAUAGGACGCAUCUUCCUGCAGAUCGGAGACGUUAAAACAGCAGAGAAGUAUUUCCUGGAUGUGGAGAAAGCCUGCCAGAUGAAAGGGAGCCAGCCCAGUCACACCACAUGCAUGCUGAUGAACAGAGCGUUUGUCUACCUCAGUCAGAACAACUACUCCGAAGCACACGCGUCCUUUGUCGAAGUUUUAAAAAUGGACCCCAAAAACCCUGUGGCCAACAACAACGCAGCGGUGUGCCUGCUCUACCUGGGCCGUCUGAAGGAGUCCCUGGGCCAGCUGGAGGGCCUGGUGCAGCAGGAGCCCACGCACUACCUCCACGAGAGCGUCCUCUUUAACCUGACCACUAUGUACGAGCUGGAGUCGUCACGCAGCACCCAGAAGAAGCAGGCACUGCUGGAGUCGGUGGCCUGCCGAGAGGGGGACAGCUUUAACACACAGUGCCUCAAACUGGUUUAAGAGGCAGGAGGAAGGACUGGUAGAGGACAGACACGCACACACACGCACACACACACACGCACACACACACACACACACACACACACACACACACACACACACACACACACACUACUGCAUUCUCCUCUGUGGGACAGGAGAAUGUCAGCACCGCUUUUCUUCUUACAAAAUAAAUUCGGGAAGCCAGGCACACAUUUCUCUUCAUGACAGCCAGCAGGGGGCACUCCUGUCCUGUUUACCCACUAAUAACAAACAAAACAAAACAGUGGCAAGCUGGUAGUUACAUUUCAGGAGGGACAGGAGCCGAUUAUGAAUUUAAUUUACAGCUUAAAGGGAGAGUUAGACGAGAAGAUUGACAGCAGUAUCAAUCUUCUCAUGUUUCUUUCGGCUGGAAAGAGCUUUUCAAAAUAAUGUCAAACUAUUCCUUUAAAUUCCAGUCCCACACUUCUAAAGAGGAAUCAUGAAAUGAAGUCUUCUGAUUUGUAAGGAGACCUCAUUGCACUACAGACUGGUAGUGGUUUCAAGGGAGAUGCAGGCUCAUAAGGUGAGACUUGACAAGGGCAUUAUCCUGAGAUUAAGUUUGCUGAAAAAGUGUCCACACAGGUUUUUCUUCUUUUUUUUUUUAAAGCUUCUUCCUCCCCCCUUCUCUCAGCAGUAACACUGGAUUAACAGUCAAAUACCACUCAAUGUCAUUAACUCAUGCAGUAAACACAAAGGAAGCCCUUCAGAUUGCAUCAUAUCCUGUCCACUAAUCAAUGUUAGAAAUCCAAAAUUUGUACAUAUCAGAGUAGGUGAUUUUUUUUUUCUCUGUUAAAUUGAUAUCAAAAAAUCACUUUAUUGUUAAAAUCUUUUAUUGAUUUAUCCUGUUGGAUCUUUAAUCAUCACUGUUUACAGAUUAUGUUUAUCAUAUUUAUGUAUAUUAAAAAUGGAAUUUUGUUUUAUCCUAAAUAAAAACACUUUUUAAAUUAACUUGUGUGUGUUCAUGUAUCAGAUAACACAAAAGACUAAAUGAAAGCAGCAGGUUUAUUUUCAGUUGGAACAAAAUGCUCAAAUCAGUUGGUGAGAAGCUCCACU